UUAUUAGCUCCUCUAAGUUAGCGAUAACCUAUGACUUCCUCUGAGUCAAGAUUAAUCUUGAUUGCUUUUCAUUCCUGAUACAUACAUAUAACGACAUUUUCGUUUAAUUUGUAUAGUGUAAAAAAAUUGCAAUAAACAGAACAAUGAAAAGUUUGGUGAAUUCGAUCAACGAUAGUGUAACGGAAACUCUUUACGGCUUAAAUUAUGCUUAUCCGCAAUUAGAGUAUCAAGUGUCACAUAAAGUGGUUUUAAUGCCAAGGCUUCAAGAUAGGAAAGAUAAAGUAUCUAUCAUAUGCGGGGGCGGAAGUGGACACGAACCAUUCGCGGCAGGUUUCGUUGGAAAUGGCAUGUUGACAGCAUCGGUAGCGGGUUCAAUAUUUGCUGCUCCACCAUCCCAACAUAUUAGUUACGCUAUUGAGCGUAUUACCAAGCACAAUAAUAAUGGAAUUUUAAUGGUAAUUCCAAAUUAUACUGGCGAUUGCCUUAAUUUUGGAAUAGCAAUUGAAAGAGCAAGGAAAACAGGUGUGAAGGUGGCGGAGUUAAUUGUAAACGAUGAUUGCAGUAUACCAGACACGGAACAAGGUGUAGCUGGUCAACGUGGUUUAAGCGGGAUGCUGUUUGUUAUCAAAAUAGCCGGUGCAUUAGCUGAGAAAGGAUCUCCAUUAGAUAUAGUCCAAAGAACAGCAGAAAUUGUUCUGCAAAAUACCGCUACUUAUGCAGUUGGAUUAACUGCUUGUGCAAUUCCUGGACAACCACCGAUGUUCGAACUACCGGAAGAUGAAAUAGAAUGUGGUAUGGGAGUCCAUGGGGAAGUCGGAUACGAGAGACUUAAAUUGAAAUCCUCUAGCGAAGUCGUUGCGUUCAUGUUGAAACACAUUUGCUCUUCGUUAUCAUUACGAAGCGGGGAUUCGGUUGUAGUUAUUGUUAAUAAUUUUGGUGCACUGAGUCAGUUAGAACAGGGAAUCGUUGUUCACGACGUGGUGAAACAUCUUACAAACAUGAACAUAAAACCCCUACGUGUAUAUUCGGGAGUCUUAGUGACAUCAUUGAACAGUGCUGGAGUGCACAUUACUCUUUUAAAACUACCUGAGGCCAACAAGAAGGUCUUCCUAAGUUACCUGGACGAGCCUACUAGUGCACCAAAAUGGCCAGGUUGCGCGUAUAGCAUCCCUUCAGAAAGUGCUCCACCAAUUAUUCAAGAUAAAGUAUUGAGAAAAAUAAAAAAGAUUGGAAUUCAGAUCGAUUCAAAGCAGCAGGUAGUAUUGAAACAGUGUCUACAAAGUAGUUGCAAGAGUUUAAUCGAGAAGGAGGCCUAUAUCAAUGACCUGGACAGAGGCUGUGGAGAUGGUGACUGUGGUUCUACCCUUAAAAGGCUUGCUGCUGAUAUAUUGCAAAAUCUCGAGAACUUCCAAUUAUCAUAUCCGUCGUCGGUUUUUCAUGAAUUGGCCCACACAGCCGAAGAACAGAUGGGUGGCACAUCAGGAGCGCUAUAUUGCUUAUUAUUUACUAGCAUAGCUACAGAAUUAAUUUUGGAUCAACAGAAUGCCGCUUGGACACGUAUCUGGGCUCGAGCAUUACGCGUGGGUCUGAAUUGCCUAAUAAAAUAUGGAAAAGCAAGACCAGGGGAUAGAUCUAUGGUCGAUGUAAUAAAUGCUGUCUGUGAAGUAUAUGAAGGCUCACUGGAUAAGCCACUGGUUGAACUUUGUGAAAUAAUAAAAACAGCUGCUUGGACAGCAUGUGAAUCAACAAAAAAUAUGAAACCAAGGGUAGGACGUGCCAGUUAUGUGAAACAAGAACAAUACUUACAAAAUGUAGAUGCUGGUGCAUAUGGAGUUGCUACUUGGGUCCAUGCUAUCACUGAUGUAAUUAAGAAUGCCAAAAUAUAAUGCUCUCUAAUGGAAAUUAUCAAAAUAAUAUUUUAUAUUAGUAUCCUAUAUGGUAGAUUUUUAUAAAUAUGGAAGAGGGCCUAUAUUAAAAGGAGAGGGCCUUGACCCACCCUUACCUUCUUUUCCAACAAUUUUGUCAUAAAUUUGAUAUAAUAUAAAAUGUAAAUAAAACGCUUAUUCUUUACAGAUAA